GCCCGCCCGGCUUCAGCCUCCUGGCGCUGUGGGCGGCCUCCCGGCCGGGGCGGGAGCGACUUGAGGGCGCCGGCUUCUCCCUGUGCCUGCGGCCGCUCCCGCGACCAGCGUCUUCGUCUUCCUCCCGCUGGGCGAGGUGUUAUAAUUUCAAGAAAUGCUGUGAGCUAUUUGAAGACCAUCAUUCACAGAAACUUUUGUCUUGUGAUAAGUUUUUAAAACUAGAAUGGCUUUGAAAAAAACGUCUAAGCUACUCAAGAAAUUAUUUUUUCACUGGAAACUGUGGAAGUUUAGCAUUAUUGUGUUAGUCUUUCUGGUAUUUUUAUUUUUAUUACAAAGAGAAGUGGGCAUUCAAGAUUUUAAAGAUGAAGCAGGGAUUGAGCCAGUGGUUGGAAAGAAAAGUCAUGUAUUAGGACUUGUGUUAAAUGCUAUGAACAAUAUCAAAGGUGCAAAGCCAAAAAUGCAGAUAAAAGCACCUGUUAGGCAAACUAAGAUUCCUGGAGAGAGACACUGUUUGCCAGGGUACUAUACUGCAGUGGAACUAAAACCCUUACUAGAUCGACCCCUUCAAGAUCCUAAUGCUCCUGGAGCUUCUGGUAAAGCAUUUAAAACCAUCAACUUAAAUUCAGAAGAACAGAAAGAAAAACAGCAUGGAGAAGAAAAACACUGCUUCAAUGCAUUUGCAAGUGAUAGGAUUUCUUUACACCGAGAUCUUGGACCAGACACUCGACCUCCUGAAUGUAUUGAACAAAAGUUUAAGCGUUGCCCACCAUUGCCAACCACAAGCAUUGUAAUAGUUUUUCAUAAUGAAGCAUGGUCCACUCUGCUCAGAACUGUUCACAGUGUGAUGUAUACGUCUCCUGCCAUACUGCUAAAGGAGAUUAUUUUGGUGGAUGAUGCCAGUGUAGAUGAAUACUUGCAUGAUAAACUAGAUGAAUAUGUGAAACAAUUUCAAAUAGUUAAAGUAGUCCGUCAAAAGGAAAGAAAAGGUCUAAUCACUGCACGGUUGUUGGGAGCAUCAGUAGCAACAGGAGAGACCCUUACCUUUCUGGAUGCUCAUUGUGAAUGCUUUUAUGGCUGGUUAGAGCCAUUACUGGCAAGAAUAGCCGAGAACCCUGUCGCUGUUGUAAGCCCUGAUAUUGCUUCUAUAGAUCUCAAUACUUUUGAAUUUAGUAAACCAUCUCCUUAUGGGCAUAACCACAACAGAGGAAAUUUUGAUUGGAGUUUGUCAUUUGGAUGGGAGUCUCUUCCGAAACAUGAAAAUAAAAGAAGAAAAGAUGAAACCUAUCCAAUUAGAACACCUACUUUUGCUGGAGGUCUCUUUUCAAUAUCAAAAGACUACUUCGAACACAUUGGAAGCUAUGAUGAAGAAAUGGAAAUAUGGGGAGGUGAAAAUAUAGAAAUGUCUUUCAGAGUAUGGCAAUGUGGUGGACAGUUGGAGAUCAUGCCUUGCUCUGUUGUUGGCCAUGUCUUUCGCAGCAAGAGUCCUCAUACUUUCCCAAAAGGUACUCAGGUGAUCACACGUAAUCAAGUCCGCCUUGCAGAAGUCUGGAUGGAUGAAUAUAAAGAAAUAUUUUACCGAAGAAACACAGAGGCAGCAAAAAUUGUGAAACAAAAAACAUUUGGAGACAUCUCAAAAAGACUUGAAUUAAGGCAGCGUCUGCAGUGUAAAAAUUUUACCUGGUAUCUCAGUAAUGUUUAUCCAGAAGCGUAUGUUCCAGACUUGAAUCCUUUGUUUUCUGGAUUUUUAAAAAACAUAGGUAACCGCAUGUGUCUGGAUGUUGGUGAAAAUAACCAUGGUGGCAAACCAUUGAUUAUGUAUUCUUGUCAUGGACUUGGAGGAAAUCAGCUUCUUUCUCUGCCACUAGGACUCACACUGUCAAGGAAGAUAUUGGUGGGAACCCGGCCAAUGGGAGACGAGGUGGCCAGGCCUGAGCCACCUUCCCUAUCAUGCUUGCAGCCUUAUAGCGUGAGGUCAAAGUGGUCUAUCCUGUACUGGCUAAUGCAAGUGAAUAAUAUGAUUGAAUUUGUGCAAGAAGAGAGCUCUCUUUGAUGCAUAGCUCUUGGAGGCAGCGGUGGUGCUCUGUUUCUUCUACAGUAUGACUUGCAAUAGAUGUCAGAUAAUGAGUCCCUCAGGCAUUACUGUAAUACUAAUAAAAGUAACAUCUCCUUCCCUGCCCAGAAAUGAACAUUUCUCUGUUGCCUUAAAGAGUUAUUUGGGGAAUAAAGUUUAUUAACUGUUGGUCCUUAAUAACUAAAGGUCAACAAAGGUUUAAAAGUUUUUGUUAGAAUAUUAGCCUUUUUGCAUUGUCACAGUCAUUAAUGUGGGAAUGCUGUACCAAGAUAUUGUAUUAAGAGAUCUGCUGUAUGCUUCUGUUUCAUCUCUCUCUAGUUACCUUGGACUGUACUAAACCUCUAUGCUUUCAAGUGUUUUGUGCUUUUUGUUUUUCCUCCUGUCAUAAAAUAACAGUCUGAAUCCCUUUAAAUGCAAGCCUUCAGACAAUUUUAAUAUGUGUUAUGCUGGUAAUGCUCAAGAGAUGUGCAUAUUUGCUUACUCAACCCUUCUCAUUACAAUACUCUAUCUUCGUUUGUGUUAUAUUCUUUACCAGACUUUAGCAGUGUAGGCUGAGAUUUUCCAUGCUGCCUAUCUUCUUUGUCCAUAUAUUUGAGAUAGGAGAAGAGAAUGGAAGAGAGAACCUAGUUUUCAGAGUUGUACAUCAAUUGUUUAUCAUUAUUUAAAUAGUACUUUGAAUAUUCUGCACACCAUGAAAUUCGACAUAACAUUCAGAAGGAGCUUUGUCUGCAUGCUUCUAAAGGACCUGUGCAGCUUCGCGAAUGUAACUACAAAGGCCAGAAAACCUUUGCCAUUGGAG